UCCUCUAGCGAGUUGCAUUUGGGCAGCAUUGCUGUGCACCUCUGCACUUCGCCUUGUAUCCUACAAAGAGCGCCACCCAUCUCCUCAUAUUUAAACUCCUGUCUCGAUUCGCCGACACCUUUACAUUUAGAAAUUGGACUCGCAUCCAUCCAUCAGCACCGCAGGAGUCCGAGCGUUUCAGCAGCCGGAACCGUGGGGCUUACAGGGACUAGGCAAUGAUUUCACUGGAUCUUAAUCUUAAUUUAUUUACCGGUGACCUUUCACUUUACCUCAAAAACCAAGUCAAAGUCGGGCUAUUCGGCUCUGGGGUUGGACUAUCUGUAGUGCUAGGUUUCAGCGCCGCCUAUGCCUGCUACUACUUGAUGUCUGUGGCCAAGAAACCAAUACUCAUAGCUGGAGGAAACAAGUUUCAUCAGUUCCUGAGGGACAAUUGUCCUGUGGUGUCAGAGACUUACUUCCCCACGUUCUGGUGCUGGGAAAGCCGAAUCCAAACGUUGCUCAGACCAUUUGUGACUGCUAAACCGUGGGUCAGCUACAGAAAUGAGCUCAUUAGAGCACCAGAUGGAGGCCAGAUCUCUCUGGAUUGGUUUGAUAAUGAUGACAGCUUGUCCCACCCGGACCCGUCCACCCGGCCCACCGUGCUGCUGCUCCCGGGACUAACAGGCACAAGCCGCGAAUCCUACAUUCUACAUAUGGUACAGCAGAGUCGGGAUCUGGGCUUCAGAUGUGUUGUAUUCAACAACAGAGGUGUAUCUGGUGAAAAGUUAUUGACGCCUAGGACUUAUUGUGCGGCCAACACAGAGGAUCUGGAGAUGGUGAUUGAACACGUCCACCGGACUAUUGACACAGCUCCGCUCAUGGCAGCUGGGGUUUCUAUGGGCGGGAUGAUGCUGGCAAACUACCUGGGGCGGAAAGGGGAUGAGACGCGUCUGAAGGGCGUGGUGGUUUUUUCGGCUGGCUGGGAUGUUUUUGAGUGCACAGCUUCUCUGGAGAAACCCCUGGACCGGUUCCUCUUUAACUCCUACCUCACCAGCUGCCUGCAGGCUUCUGUGGAUCGUCACAGACCUAUUCUCGAAAAGAAAUACGACAUAGACCAUGUGAUGAAGGCUAAAACGAUCCGUGAGUUCGAUGAACGUUUCACAUCCAUUAUGUUCGGUUAUCCUUCCAAUGACGACUACUAUCUAGACGCCAGCCCCAUUCACAAGCUCAAGUCCGUGCAGGUGCCAAUGCUAUGCCUCAAUGCAGCCGACGACGUCUUUUCACCCAAUCACGCCUUUCCAGUGGAGGCUGUGAAGCAGAACCCCAAUCUUGCUCUCCUCAUCACCUGCCACGGCGGUCAUAUCGGUUUUCUGGAGGGUCUGUGGCCUCGGCAGAGCACCUACAUGGAUCGAGUUUUCCGGCAGUUUACUAAGGCCGUCUUUGAAAACAGCAGCAGUCUAAAUGAUCUCUACUGACGCUCUCCAACCAUUCCCUCUACAGCCAUGAGCAAAAAAUUCCUGAUCCAUUUCCAAAAUGAAGGACACAGGUUUACUUAAAGGCCAGGAUUGUUUCUUUUUUGUCAUUUGGUUUUAUAUUAGUAAGCACAUCUCUUUGAUUUUACAUUCAUGGAAACGAAAAGCUUCUCUGGCUUUCACCUGUUCCAUCCAGCCAUUGGUGCACUUACUUCUUUCUUAAUUCAUAUGUGAGUUUUAUGCGUGUGUGUAUUGACUCAUGUUUAUGUUUGAAUAUUUUAUAUAGUAUUAUAUAGAGGUUUUAUUAUUGAGCGCAUGAUAAACAUUAGUCUGAAACACUGAAUUAUACUAUUCAGCAUCAGACAUGACUUGACAACACCUUUCUUAUGAAAUAUCUAUUUGAGGAACAACAAAUAGUGGUUUACAGGUUCUGGUCAUAUUAUUAGAAUAUAAUCAAAAAGUUGAUUUAUUUCACUAAUUCCAUUCAAAAAGUGAAACUUGUAUAUUAUAUUCAUUCAUUACAUACAGACAGAUAUAUUUCAAAGUUUUUAUGUCUUAAUUUUGAUGAUUAUAACUGACAACUAAGGAAAAUCCGAAUAUUACUUAAGACCAAUCCAAAGAAAGGAUUUUUAGAGAUCUUGGCCAACUGAAAAGUACGAACAUGAAAAGUGUGAGCAUGUAUAGCACUCAAUACUUAGUUGGGGCUCCUUUUGCUUGAAUUACUGCAGCAAUGCGGCAUGGCAUGGAGUCUAUCAGUCUGUGGCACUGCUCAGGUGUUAUGAGCCCAGGUUGCUCUGAUAGUGGCCUUCAGCUCUUCUGCAUUGUUGGGUCUGGCAUAUCGCAUCUUCCUCUUCACAAUACCCCAUAGAUUUUCAGGUGAGUUUCCUGGCCAAUUAAGAACAGGGAUACCAUGGUUUUUAAACCAGGUACUGGUAGCUUUGGCACUGUGUGCAGGUGCCAAGUCCUGUUGGAAAAUGAAAUCUGCAUCUCCAUAUAGUUGGUCAGCUGCAGGAAGCAUGAAGUGCUCUAAAACUUCCUGGUAUAUGGCUGUGUUGACCUUGGACCUCAGAAAACACGGUGGACCAACACCAGCAGAUGACAUGGUACCCCAAACCAUCACUGAAUGUGGAAACUUUACACUGGACCUCAAGCAACGUGGAUUGUGUGCCUCUCCUCUCUUCCUCCAGACUCUGAAUGCAAAAUUUACUUUCAUCAGAGAACAUAACUUUGGACCACUCAGCAGCAGUCCAGUCCUUUUUGUCUUUAGCCCAGACAAGACGCGGUCUGUUGUUCAAGAAUGGCUUGACAGAAGGAAUGCGACAGCUGAAACCCAGGUCUUGCAUAUGUCUGUGCAUAGUGGUUCUUGAAGCACUGACUCCAGCUACAGUCCACUCUGCAUCCCCACAUUUUUAAAUGGGUUUUGUUUCACAAUCCUCUCCAGGGUGCGGUUAUCCAUAUUGCUUGUACACCUUUUUUCUACCACAUCUUUUCCUUCCCUUCGCCUCUCUAUUAAUCUGGUUGAACACAGAGCUCUGUAAACAGCCAGCCUCUUGUGUCUUGUCCUCCUUGUGUCAAUGGUCGUCUUUUGGACAACUGUCAAGUCAUGAGUCUUCCCCAUGAUUAUUUAGCCUACAGAACUAGACUGAGAGUAGCCUGUUCCAACCAGACUCUCGUUCAUUCAUUUCAUUUGUACAGAGAGUCUGGCCACGCUCCAUUGCAAAGCGUUACUUCCGUUAAGGAGGGUCCAUUGUUGAAGUUUAAAACUAUUGGAUCUGCCCAGAGUCACUCAGGAUCUGCCAAAGCCAAUUGCUAACGUGUGGUCGUGACGUAUAUCAUGCACUGAAACCGGACCGAAACAACAAGUCAGAAUAAUCAGACAAACAAAACUUAGCAAACCUGGUUUUUGCUCCGGCUUUAACUUGUGUAUAUUCGGCAGUUUUGCAACAACGGACCGAAUAGCUUUUCUCACGUCUUUCUCCGCUGCCAUUACUGAACUACAACUCAAACUGACGCACGACCUCAACGUCAUCGUUCUUAGCCACCCCCAUCUGUUCGCUGAUUGGUCCUGCAGAUUUUUGCAGGAGAAAACGAAACUCUAUAGAGCCAUCCCAGACGUACUGCUGAAGCGAAAUGAAAAUUAGGUGGAAGCACUUAGGAGGGCGGAGCCAGGCUACACUGAGAGACCAUUUAAAGGCCUUCGCAGGUGUUUUGGGUUAAUUAGCUGAUUAGAGUGUGGCACCAGGUGUCUUCAAUAUUGAACCUUUUGACAAUAUUCAAAUUUUUUGAAAUACUGAAUUUGGGAUUUUCCUUAGUUGUCAGUUAUAAUCAUCAAAAGUAAAAGAAAUAAACAUUAUAAAGUGAAAUAAGUUUCAACUUUUUGAUGAUAUAAUAUAAUUAUAUGACCUGUGUAGUCAAUGAACUUAUGAAUCAGGUGAAUCUCACAAAAAAAGAAUGUCAGAGUCAGACCAAAAUAAAAACAAACAUAAAUUUUUUCAUAAUAAAAAUGCAGCCGAUUCCAUUGCAGUUAUUAGACGCCAAAUUCACAUUACCAUAAUGUAAAAAGAAAACAAUUAAAACGGUAACUGUAAACUGUUACAUAAAAUAGCACUUAAUAUUAUACAAAUUGAGAUUUGUUGUUUUGCACAUAACAAUAUAUGUAGUUGAAAUUAUGCAACUGCUUCAAGCAUUGUAAUAUUUUAAGUAAAUAACGAAAAAAAAAAAAAAAUAUAUAUAUAUAUAUAAUAUGUGUGUGUGGUCCUAAAAACAGACCACAUUUCUGUUUUAAAAAUAUUAUGAAUAUAAAAAUUAUAAAUAACUUAGAUUAAUUUUUGGAUGAAAUCUGGCUUGGACAUUUUCUUUAUAAGACUUCUUAUACUACUGUAGUUUUAAGAUGAUUGUAGGCAGGAGGUCAUUCAAGCGUUUUGGGCAAAUAAUAAUAAUAUUCUUAUCCAUACAGUGAAAUCCAGCCUGAUCUCACCAGAAUUUUUGAAUAUUUUACGAAGUUGGCUAAUCCAUAUUUGUGUAAGUGAAUUGUAAAAAACAGACAGUAAUAAAACACCAAAGGAACGGGGCGAAAGCAAAUCGUACGAAAACUUACGAAUGUGGUUGUACUAUUUAAUACAAAUUAGCCACCUUGUAAAAUCUGUAUGAAUUCCUGUAAGAUCAUGUUGGUGAAAUCAUGUUUCUCCGCACAUUUACCUCAGUAUGUAAACUUUAUUCACAGUAUGUCAAACUAUGUCAGUGAGCAGUUAUCUUCACUCAUUUAUUUUUGUUUGUUGCACUAUGACCUUAUCUGUAUGCUCCUUACAGUGUUAAAAAAAGAAGAUGUAUCUAUUUUUUUUUUUUUUUUUUUGGGUAAGGCCAGUUUAACAUGGAUUCAUUUUUAUGAAUUUGUAUUAACUCAAUGACACAUUUUUUUUUUAUGCAUCUAAGAUGUCAACAUUAUGUUAGCUCUCAAAGACUAACCAGCUCACCUCACUUCCUCUGUUUUGUGUUUGUGUUUCCUGUUAGUUGUUAUUUUAAGGCAAGGAAAGAUCCUAUCUGCCGCAUCUCAGUGUAUUUUAUUUUGUUAAGAAUGUACCGCAUGCACUUUUUUGUCAUUCGCUACUGUCACAUUCGACACUGACUAGUUCAAUAGUUGUAAAUGAAUCACAAUUUUUGGCUAGGAAUGUGAAAAUUGCACUAUUUUAGUUUAUCCCAUGUAGCCCUAUAAACUGGACGAAAAUGACUUGAGCUACUGCUUGUCUACAAUGUUGAGCGCUAAACAAACCUCCGCUUGCUUCAAAUUGCUUUAAAAAUGGCUCUUUAUGUGAUAGUGCCAUAAAAUCCAACUGCUCCUUAAAUUAUAUAUGAAAAAAAAUGAAUAUAACAGGAGCAGUCAUUAUUUAUGUGAGAAUGUGCAGGAUGUAUGCUGUUGUAAAGAAUAAUCUGUACAUAGGGAUUUUCAUGAAUGAAUGUUAUGAUAGACAUAGUUGUUGACCCCCCCCCCCCCGCCAUGUGUUGUAUUGACCUUUGUCUGUCCUAAUGAAGGUGCUGCUUCAUAUUAUGCUUCUAACUGUCAACGCUUUUAGGAGCAAAAGAGCUCCUGUGGAUUUGCCUUUUCUCUCUUCUCCCUGCCUAUCCUGUUUCUCAGUAGCAUGUGUCACUGUUCUAAGUGUCUUGAGUAACUGUACAAACAUGCAUAGCAUAACCUGUAGCACAACAGACAUAUUUUUCCAUGAAAAUGUCUUUCCUUUUAUAAAUUUAUAAAAGGAUCGUGUACUUAACAUGUGCAGCAAUAAGAUUUUAAUACAAGAUAGUCUACUGGAUGUAGAAGAAAUAUAUGCACAUGUACUUGUAUGGAUUAUAAGUGCAAUUGUGGUCUUAAAUAAAUUAUGGAAUUUAACAGCACAGUU